AUGUCUAAUCCUUCCGCAAUCACUCCGGCUGCGACUCCCGUGACUGGCUACAUGAACAGUUUGUUUGAAGAAUCAGAGGACCGGGUCGGAGACAAGCAACGAUCAACCUGCCUCAAGCAAGCCCCCUUAUUGCGUGUGGGCACUGCGGCUCGUGAUGCUUUUGAUCAGAAUAACCUGAUGACAUUCAAGGUCCGAUUCAAAAUUUAUACCGAUACGGAGGUCAACAUCAAUGCUCCGAAUCAGAGCACCCCCAAAGUUGGGGCUAGUAAGAAGGUACCGGAGUCUUCUAAACUUAAUCUGAUUGAUUCUAAAGCAAUCAACGCUGGCUACCUCAAAACAAAAAUUUGCGUGUUUGGAAAAAGUUUGAAUGAGUUCAAGGAACUUGUGGCUGGAGCUUGUGAAAAGUACGAGGCUGGUAUGAAAAAUGUAAUUCUCAAUAGUCAUUUCUUGCCUGACCUAAAGUGGAAAGCCACCAUUGGGCGGAUCAAGUCAGUUCUCACCAAUUUUGAUCAAUGGCAAAAUUUGGUCGACGCUCUUGAGAAGUCUACCAAGAAAAUGUGUACUAUUUUGAUUGAAAAUGAGAAUGUGCAAGUUAAAGCAAAAGAUAAGGCAAGCAUCCGCGACUAA